AUGCCAGUUAUCUCUCGUCGAUGUGCGCAUACCGAUGUAAGUAUACCAAAUUUUGAUGCAUAUCGCUCAAAAUCAGCCUUAGAUAGCUCAAAAGCUGCCAGAGAAAGUGAAGAUAUACGAAGGGCUACUCCUCAAGGAAUUUUUUAUGGCGUUGGUGGAGCUAUUGCUUUAUUGGCAGCGAAAGAAAUCGUUCAGAAAACUGUCAUCUUUAAAUCUAUGGCAGCCGAUCAGUUAGCACUUGCUUCGACCGAAAUUAAUUUGGAUGAAGUCCCACUGGGACAGACGAAAACAUUUGAGUGGCAAGGAAAACCUGUUUUUGUUAAACAUCGAACUGAAGAUGAAAUAAAACGUGAGAAAGAAGUGGUAGUAAGCGAAUUGCGAGAUCCUGAACAUGAUGACCAGCGGGUGCAGAAAGAUGAAUGGUCAGUGGUCAUCGGUAUAUGCACACAUCUCGGGUGUGUACCGAUAGCUAAUGCCGGUGAUUUUGGUGGAUAUUAUUGCCCAUGCCACGGAUCUCAUUAUGAUGGUUCAGGUCGAAUUCGAAGAGGUCCAGCACCUCUCAAUCUAGAAGUCCCGAAAUAUAAAUUCAAAGAUAAUUCAUUAAUUAUUGGAUAA